AUGACCUCUCCAGUGACGCUCACGCUCGCCGCCGCCGCCAGCUUCGUCGCCCUGAGCUACCUCCAGGAAGCCAGCUGCGGCCUCCUCAUCCUCGGCACCACCCUCUCGUACGGCUUGGUCUAUGGCGCCCUCAAGGCGACGAGAGAGCCUCCGAUAGCGAGGCAGUCUGAGUGGCGGGAGCGGCAGGUGUCGACGGUCAACGCGGUGCUGCUCGUCUGUGGUAGCCUCCUCUGCUUCGCCGAGUGGCCAACCUACGACGCCAGCGAGGGCUGGAUCUCGCAGGGGCUCGCCUACUGGCCGGUCACCUUCGCCGCGCUCUUCGUCGGCUACCUGCAGUGGGACGUGCUGUGGAUGCUCUACCACUCGUCGCUCCAUUUUGACGAGCUGGCGCACCACCUCCUCUUCAUCGCGGUCACGCACUACGUGCUGUGGGGGCGCUACUUUGCGCGGCCCUUUGCCUGGCUCUCGGUGACGGAGCUCUCGACCCCUUUCCUCAACUGCCGCUGGCGCGCCGCGUUCCUCGCCGCCACGGGGAGCAAGGGAAGGGCCUACGACACGUGCUCGCUGCUCUUCGCCUCUGCGUUCCUCGCCACCCGCGCGCUCGGGUACGGGAUGGGCCUCGUCGACCUCUGGCUCGCGCGCGACCUCUGGAGGCCCGCGCACUGGGGGCUGUACGUCGUCAUCGCGCUCGUCCACGCCGGCUACGCCCUCAAUCUCGUCUGGGCGAGCAAAGUCGUGGGGGCGGCGCGCCGAGCGAUGAAGUCGGGGCACCGCGAGUAG